CCCGAAAAGCUGCGCGUCAGCGACACGGGCCAGCUGGCGUCCAUUUCGGUCAGCCAGAAGAACAAGCCAACAGGCCCAAGGGAACUACAGCGGCAGCAGUGGCGACAACGGAAUCCAAGACAACCGCGGCUAAGACGACACCAAGUCGACAGAGGUUAUAAAAGAAGCAGUGCAGCGUCGACGGGAGGAGUCAGCGACCAGGGCUGUCUGCGGAGAAACCUCUGGAACAGAUGUCAGCUGCACCAAAUGUGAAUGCUAGUUCUCUUUUCAAGAACCUGGAUGGCUUCUACAUGAGCAGCUUCCUGGACGAGGACACCGUACAGUCCGCUAUGUCCUACAAGCCCCGGUCCGACGACAUCUUCAUUGUCACGUACCCCAAAUGCGGUACAACCUGGACACAGUACAUUGCCCACUGCAUCUUGUAUGACGGUGUCCUUCCCAAGGACUUCACUGAAUUCAUUCUAAGGUCACCUUGGCUUGAGUUCCUGGGUUCCGAGGCUGCAGAAACAAUGGUCCGCCCAGGCACUAUCAAGUGCCAUCUUCCCUUCCAUAAGCUUCCUUACUCUGAGAACGCGAGGUACAUAUUCGUGGUUAGAAACCCGUAUGACGUCUGCGUCUCCUUCUAUCACCACGCUAGAGGCAUCCCUAGCAAUGGGCUUGAAGAUGCACCAUUUGAUACAUUUUUAGAUUUGUUUCUCAGUGGCCAAGUUGGUUACGGAGACUAUUUUGAUCACUUGCUGUCUCUCUACAAGCACCGAAACAAUUCAAAUGUUUUGUUCUUCAGGUACGAAGACUUACAAAAGGACAUAAAGACUUGGGUGCUCAAUAUCGCUGACUUCCUUGGUGAGGAGUACGGUCAAAAGCUGAGACAUGAUAACGUGCUCCUCGACAAAAUUGUGAAAGCCACCAGCUUUGAAAGCCUGAAGAAAACUGUCAAUGACGGCAUGAAAACCCUGAUGCAUGAUCUUUUCUCCCUUCCCCCUGAGAGACAGCUUAAGUCUUUGCAAGUAUACAGUCAAAGAUCUGGCGGAAGACCGAAGUUGGAGCUCAAGCAGGAAUUUCUUCGCAAGGGUAUCCUUGGGGACUACAAGAACCUCUUCUCGGAUGAACAGAUUAGACGGAUGAAGGGGAGAAUCGCAUCUAAGACUAAAGGAAGCGAUGUUAUGAAUUUGUGGAUUGAUAUUGGACUUCCAUGAUAACAUUCCGGUGGAUUCGUAUUUCGCGAUAACAUUGUUUUCUUUUAUUUAAAUACCAAUAUUCAUUCCUUGGCAAAAAGUGCCCCUGAAUCAUGACACUUGUACAUGGCUAGGAUCAUGUUCAUAUAUUACACAAAAACUGCCAAAAGUAAAAAAAAAAUAAAUUAAGGUGCGCCGAAGUAUUUGGAAUUUUAAAUUUGCGGUGCAUAUGCUUUUUAGUCACGGAUUACGCUGCUAGGUGUCCCCAGUAUCGAAGUUUUUGCGUCAUUCUUCUAAACGCCAUAGCUCAAGGUCUGGGUCGACAACCCUUUCGUAGAAGGGGUCGAUUUAGCGCUAAACAGAUACGGAGCUGGCCAAAUAAAAAAAAAAGGAGGGGGAGGGGCAGUUAUCCUGAAAAUGAAAUAUUAUUGAAGAAGACUGUGAGUGGAUCAAUGUUGUUUGCUGCCAUGAAAAAUAAUGCUCUCUUGAUUGAGGCAUAUACGCAACGUAAGAUUUCUGGCGGUUCUUGAUGAUCAAUACUGCUUAAAGAUGCGGACAUUCGCAAAGCCACUAGCUGAGGGUUGUAAAACGUUUGGGAGGGGUCAUCUGUUAUUAGCAGACGUACGUUUGAUAUUAUGGUGCUCAACUCACAGUGUUCACACACUUAUGUGCUUAGCGAACACUACGAAUCAAGCUUGCAGCGAGCUUUCACAAAUUAGAAAAGUGACUCAGGACGAUCAAUGGAAUGCAUCCUUCAACUUAUUUCAUGUGAGGCUAUUCACACUCAUGGACAACGUUUUGUGGUGAUUAAGGAGUGAAGAGCGCUCAUGUACAGCUGAAGUGGCGUUCGAGUUACUCGACUUCCCAGCGCCUGUGACAUCGACUGCAUAGUCGCAGAAAGUUAUCUCCGAGUAUAGUAAAUGUGUUUAACUUGGGAGAGCUCAGCUUUAAAUGAACUUUAGAAAACGUAGCUGUCAUUUGAGCAUUUCUGAAAAUCAGCAAACCAAACACUCCGUUAGCCUUAAGCACUAUCUUAGAGAAAUUAUAUUUGUGGAACACUGUGCUCAUUUCACCUACAAAUAAUCACCAAGAAGGGGAACGAUAAAAGCGAUUAGUUGGUAGAGGUUCCUGGUAAAAAAAAAAA